AUGGGCUGCUUGUCACCCCGUGGCCCAGGAACAUUGAGACGGUGGGCCUGGUGGGAGCUGGUAGGCCUCAGGGCUACUGGCUGGAGGGGGCCUAGAAGGCCCCUCUGCCCAGAGCUGCCUGGAGAGGCCAAUGGCUGCUCUUGGCACAUUUUCCCAGUUUUAAGCAUCAGCACAUCAGGCUUCGAGGUGUCAACCAGUCAGGAAUACAGGAGCACUUCCAACACGGCGCCCUCCCAGUCCUCACUGGCAAAGCCCCAGUCCUCAGAGCCCAGGAAGAAAAUAGGGCACCGAGGCCUGAGCAGGGGCUCCAAGGCCACCCAGGCCGCAGAGUACCUAAACCCUCCCAGCGGCCAAAGGUGCAACUCCAGCAAGGCAGAGGCUCCCCAAGGCCCAAAGCCAAAGCCCAGGAAGACAGAGGCUCCCCAGAGCCCGCGCUCCAGCACAACAGAAGUCACCAGGGUCAAAAAGCCUAGCAAGACCAGGGCUGCCCUGAGCCCCGGGCAGAGGCUCAGAAGAUCCAGGGCUGUCGGCGCCCACAGCUUGAAGCCCAAGGCCCACGGCAACAGCCAGAAACAAACAAAGAGGUCGAGCCGGACCCACCUUUUCCAAGACAGCAGUGGGAGCCUGACCAGUACCAAUGAGUCCCAGGACCGGCCUCCAGAGCCCAGCAAGGAUGACCCCUCAAGCUGGAGUGAGAGCCCAGCAACGAGCUCCAGCAGGAGUGGUAAUCUCCUGGAACAGAACCUACAACUCAGUAAAUCCAAGGUGUCCCAGGAGUCGGAGGAUUCACCACAACUCAGUAAAUCCAAGAUGUCCCAGGAGUCGGAGGAUUCGCCACAACUCAGUAAAUCCAUGAUGUCCCAGGAGUCGGAGGAUACGCCCACCCCUUAG